AUGGACGAAGAAUCCGCCAUGUCGCCGUUAGACGAUUGUCCGGAAAGUUCCGAAUCGAAUCAAUCUUGCGACAAACAAAUGAUCGAUAUAAUUAAUUCCCAUCGUACGACAACAACAAACCAAAGACGUGAAAACAUUUUAAAAACAAUUCGAUCGGAAAACUCGUAA